AUGACGCCGGUGGCAACCAUUUUAACGAAGAUCAAUCUUCACUCAAGGCCGCUCCUCAUCUCCUCCCGCGCUUGCGCCCCACCCUCCCGAGCCCAUGAAGCACUGUGCCUGCCGCUCCCUAGCAGCCGAAACCGCCGGGACGCCUGGCUCCGCUACUCCCAGCAGUCGCAGUCGCUGCCCCAAGUGACCCCUGAGGGUCUCUCAACCAGUCUCCGCUUGCUCCGGGGACAGAAUGGACCAACUUGGUCCUGGCUCGGGGUCUUUCGCGGGCUAGGGAAGGCGGUGCCGGGGCUGGAAGCCCAGCUCCGGAGGCGACACUCAGCUGGCGUGAGUGUAAAGGCGAAUAGCGUGGACCGGGCAUCCAUGGACUUUUCUGCUCCAAGAGAUCGUCAGCGUAUGUCGCACGGCGUGGGCUUGCAGCAGAAUGCUCUCAAGUCGUCGCCUCAUGCUUCGCUGGGAGGCUUCCCGGUGGAGAAGUACAUGGACGUGUCGGGCCUGGCAAGCGGCAGCGUACCAGCCAACGAAGUGCCCACGCGAGCCAAGGAGGUGUCCUUCUACCAGGGCUACACGAGCCCCUACCAACACGUGCCUGGCUAUAUCGACAUGGUGUCCACCUUCGGUUCCGGCGAGCCUCGACACGAGGCGUACAUCUCCAUGGAGGGCUACCAGUCCUGGACGCUGGCCAACGGGUGGAACAGCCAGGUGUACUGUGCUAAAGACCAGCCACAGGGCUCCCACUUUUGGAAAUCGUCCUUUCCAGGGGAUGUGGCUCUAAAUCAGCCAGACAUGUGUGUCUACCGUCGGGGGAGGAAGAAGAGGGUGCCCUACACCAAACUGCAGCUCAAAGAACUGGAGAACGAGUAUGCCAUUAACAAGUUCAUUAACAAGGACAAGAGGCGGCGGAUCUCAGCUGCCACGAACCUAUCUGAGAGACAAGUGACCAUUUGGUUUCAGAACCGAAGAGUGAAGGACAAGAAAAUUGUCUCCAAACUCAAGGAUACUGUCUCCUGAUGUGUGGCUACAGUCUAAAUGCCUUCAUUUGUCUCCAAAAGACUUUUAGAAAGACUUGAAUAUGUAUUUAAUUCCCCUCAUCCCAUGCCAGUGAUGGCGAAUUUUGUGAAUUGUUUUUCUCUCUUCCCCUUCUCUGGCUUUUG